GCUUUGACCCACUCCCAAUUCCAAAACCCUUGCAAAACCUCCUAUAGAGAUUCAACUCUCCUUCCUUCCGACAGUUACAGGUUCUUGCUUUUGAUUUUGGGAAUAAUUAUGGAGGAGGGAGUGAAUAGCGAGAGAGAUGAGUACACUCUGGUCGCAAGGAAGCCCGGUUUUGGUCUCCCCACCGCAUGCCCUUCAUGCCUACCUGUUUACAUCUACCUCAAAUUUGCUCAGUUCCCCUUCCUUUUGGAUUUUAACUGUACCUAUCCCGACUCUGAUCAAAUUCCUUACAUUGAGUCUGGUGAUUAUGUGGCCUAUAAUAAUGAGAAUGGCGGGGUGAUUGAAAGUUUAAAAAAGGAUGGUAUUGUUGAUUUGGACUCCGAGUUCUGCUCAUUACCAGAAUGGAUAUCAACAAAAGCAAUGGUUAGUUCUUGGCUUGAAGAUGCGCUUAUGUAUGAACUUUGGGUGGAUGGGACUUCUGCCGAGAAGAUCUAUUAUAAUGAUCUUCCAUGGCCGAUAGGAAAGGUUCUGUUCUUGAAGCAAGUCCACUCUGUAAAGCAGUGCCUUGGAAUAACUAAGGACAAUGCCGAGCAAAAGGAAGAAGAGAUUUACAAGAGAGCAAACAUUGCGUAUGGAGCUCUGUCAACUAGGUUAGGGGAGCAGAACUUUUUCUUUGAGAACAGGCCAUCUAGUGUGGAUGCAAUUUUCCUUGCGCAUGCACUUUUGAUUCUUCAAGCAUUACCUGAAACAUCAGUGCUGCGGACCAAACUCUUAGAGCAUGGUAAUCUUGUGAAGUUUGCUGAAAAGCUCGAGUUAGAGUUGAUAGAGGCUGGUUCUUCAUCUUCUUCGGUCCCAUCCUUUCAGUCAGACCCGCCAACAUCAUCUUCAAGAAGGGGUCCUCCAAACUGGAGUUCAAAGCCCAGGAGCAAACCCAAAAGGCAAAAGACUGAGGAGGAUAAAACUUUUAGAAGAAAGGCCAAAUAUUUUUUGGCAACACAGCUCGUUGCAGUUCUACUUUUCUUCUCUUUCAUAAGUAGAUCUGAUGAGGAAGUGGAGAUUGACGAAGAUGAAGGGUAUGGUUAUGAUGACUGAAAAGCAUUCACGUGUAGACAUAGUUCCAUUCUCAAUACUACGAAUUUUCCUCUCGAUCCCCAUCCAAGGUUAGCAACUGGAUAAGGAUGAGUUUUCCUUAUUUUCCUUUUGUUAUAAUUUUUUAUGGAAAUUUUGGAAAUAUAUAGCCAUGCAUUUCUAAGGAUAUGACGUGCAUUAGAUUGAGCUGUAUCUUGUGCUGUUCAGAAUAAAUCUUCUUCAUAUUGCUGGGUUCACAUUUGAUUUUUGUAGCACACAUUUUGUAUUCUAAUUUGUCAGAAUUUUUGUAUCUGUGCCAGAAAAAGUAAUGGACCUGGAUGCUUUUCUUUUUGGUUU